AUGUGCGGCAGCUUCGGCAAAAGACUACCAGCGAAGGCGAGGAGGCAUCCUGAGGAGCAGGAGCGCUUGCUCCAGAGGCUAGUCGGGGUGCACAUGGACCUGUCGGACAACAACGAAGACGGAUCAAGCUCCAACGACGAUGACCCUUCAGUGACUGAUGCAUACAUCGACAGCCAGAGCAGCACCGUGACCGGAAGGGCAAAGAGCCGUCAAAUCGAUUUCUGCUGGGCUCGUGCUCCUCGCGGGGCGCCCGUUCUAUGCGCGCCCAUUAAGCAGUCGGCCCGUUUUGAUGGAACGCAGACCGUCGCUGUUCUUCUCGUCUUAUCCCCUUCCUCCUUGGUUUCUGUCAGUCACUUCCCCCUCCCCCUCUCCGCCUCAGUCUCUCUAGGUCUCUGUCUUCUCCUCUUCUUCCCCAAGCUUAGGGAUUUACCAAUCGGGGGAGUUUCGUUGCUGACGGAUUGCCGUUGGUCCAUCUCCUCUUUUUCAGGCAUGGUUUGCCCUGUUUGUCGUUGCCCAGGUGCUCCUUGCGUACCAUUUCUGCGAGCGGAUGAAGUCCCUGAAGUUUUCGAUGUUGUCGUUGACGAGGAUUGCUUCAGAAUGAUGGCCAACACAUGAGAUACAGCAGGAUAUGGACCCAAUAAUUAAAGGAAAAGGGGGUGUGUGGUCAGAUUAUCAUUUACCUUGCAAUUACCAGAAGCAGCUUGUUCUCCAG